AUGAGCUCGCCGGAGGGCACAUCGGAAGCGGAUACGGAAUCCCACGAUGGAUCUCCUAGGCACGCUGAUCCAGCCUCACCUUCACCCUCGGAAAAUGAGCCUCCGCCCAGGCCCCCGGCUCCGAAGAGAUUAACACCGGAGGGCACACCACAACAUGGCAAUAACCUAGAAGCCAGCCCAUUGCACAAUUUGUAUGAGAAAUUUAGCGCAAAGGAGAAGGAGAUUGAAAAGUUAGAGCAACAAAACAGCGACUACCGCGAGCAGUUGAUAAGAACGAUUAGGGAGCGGGAUUUGAAUGAAGAAUUAGUGAAGAAUGUCCGACAAGAGCAAGCCGAGAAAUUUGCGGAUCUGCAAAGACGGAAUAACGAUCUCGAGUCGCAAUUACGGGUUUCAAAGGAUCGUGCCACCGCCCAGGAAGCCCAUUACACUGCCACUACAAAAGAUCUCGUCGCCAAGUUCAAUGCCCAGAUUGCUCAGUUAACAAAAAAGCAAGAAAAUGCAGAGCGUGAGAAAAAUGAAGCGGUAGUAAAGUAUGCGAUGAAGGAGGGAGAGAUUAUGCGGGUGGCCGAUGAGAAUAAGAAAAAGGGUGAAGAAAAUCGACGCCUGAAGCAAGAACUCGACAAUUUUCUAAAAAGCGCCGAUCAUGAACGACUUGAAGAACUUGAAAAAGCCAAGCAACAACUUACUGUCGAGCUCGAGAAAGUCAAGCACGAAAGAUUCGACCUGGAUAAUCGGUUGAAAAUCUCGGAGAAACGGAUAGAGGUCGUCCAACUCGCUGCCAACGAUCAAAAACAGCAAAACGAAGUACUGCGUCGCCAAAUGGUUCAGAUCAAGGAGGAAAAAGCAGCUUUCCAAGAGAAUGUGCGAUCGCUGGAAUUUAGGAUACAGAGCGAAAGCGAGCGCAAGAACCAGCAAGACCAGGAGAGCUCAAAGAUUCAGGGUGAGCAGGAGGAGAUGUACAGAUCCCUUGUCGAAGACCUGGAACGGACAAAGAAACUGAACCGAGAGUUGGGCGAGAAAGUGGAAGAACUAGCAAGAGAGAACUCGUCGCUGAUGACCAAUCUGACUACCAUCGAGGCACAACUCCGGAAAGAAGAAGCUGAACAUGCCGUCGUGCGGAAGAAGGCUGAAGACUUGGAGGGAAUUGAGCGGAAGGUUAAUGGGUCACUGGAAGAGGCACGGAAAGCCAGACUAGCCAAAGACGAAGCGGAAGCAGACAAAGCCACGGCCGAAUCGGAAGCGGACUCUUGUAGGAAACAAGCCGAAAGAAUGCUGGAGAUCACGGAGCAGCUGACGAACAGGAAUACACAGCUUUGCUCCGAGAUGGAGACAAUGAGGGAAGAGAAUACUAUUCUGCAAGAAAAGCUGAUCGCAGCCGAAGGAGCACAAAGUCGAGCCGAAAACAAGCUGGCUGAUAACGAAGCGCGAGAAACGACCUCGACUCAAAAUUUGGAGACCGAGCUCCAGAUGACGAAGGAGGAGAUGAGAGCGAAAAAUGAUAAAAUCUACGAACUACAGAAAAAGCUUGAAAACGAGAUCAACCAAGCGGGUAUCUACAAGAAGAAGACGAUGUCGAAUCUGAAGGAGCUCAAGGCCGAGGUGUCGAAUCUGCAAAAACAGCUGAAGCAACAGCAGCAAAAUAGCCAAUCCGGGCAACCGGAAGUGGUUGUCGAGUUGCCGGGGCCGUCAUCUGGAAGUCGUAGUCGGACAAGUUCUAUCACGAGCAUGGAUCAGGUAGCCCGAUCUUCUGAAGCUUCUUUCAACAUGCAGUCACCUCAAGAGGAAAUUACUCCUCCGCCCUAUCAACAGCAAAUGAUUGAAAAGAUCGUAAAACUCCAAAAGCAACUCGCGAGGAGGUCCGAAAAGAUCGAAUUUUUGGAGGAGCACGUGCGACAAUGCCUGGAGGAGCUGCAAAAGAAGACCAAAAUCAUCCAGUACUACGCUCUUCGAGAAGAAGCCUCACUGCUCGUGCCUGAUGACAAGGACCUCAAGAAGGUGCCAAUCUCGAAAAAGACGGCCCCGGCGUACAGCCUGAUGGGUUCGAUGUGGUCGAUGGGAAGCGACAAAUCUGCACUACAGCUUGCCACCGAAGUUAACUCAAGAUUACAGGCUGUUUUGGAGGAUACACUAUUGAAGAAUAUCGCAUUAAAGUCAAGCGUCGACAAGCUCGGAGAAGAAAUUGCCCGACUGUCUCGUGAAAAUCGUCAGCUCACGCUCAAAAAA